UGUGAGACCAGGAUUGAACAGACCCAGGUGGAGACGAAAGCCAGCACACCCUGCGCAGCUCUCCAGGACCAGGGUUGCCGACCCCUGACUUAAAGACUCAGGCUUUUAGCUGGAUAUCGUGUCUUGAAAAGAUGAAGAUUUUAAAUAAGGCUGAAUUACAACAAGCAGAAAAGGUUCUGCGGUCACACUUCCCAAAAAGCUCCAUGGCUUAUGGAUAUCUGUUUGCUAUGAAUAGAGACAAACCACAUAUACUAGAGGUUGUUGUGGACUCCUGGCCUGAUUUUAAAACCAUCAUUUGUCGACCGCACCCACAGAGUGAACACACCCUGCUUCAUAAUGAGGGACUGACUUUCUUCAGUACUGAUGAGAAGGUUCUUAAGAGAAUGUUGACAGAAGACAGCAUCUUAGAUUGUAAAAAAUACUUCAAAAUUCGAGGGAUUGACAUGCUUCAUACCACCAUGCUGAAGGACAUUUCUGCCACAAAAGAUGUCACAAUGAGACCGUGUCAUGUAACUCACCUCCUGGAAUUACAAGACCCAAAUCACCUUCCUCACCUGACAGUGAGCAGAGAUGUGGAGGCCAGGAUCUCCUCCCUGAAUGAAUUACAUGUCGGUUUGGUGAAUGAAACCUGGAAACGUAAUGAUGAAAAAGGUUUUCAACGAAUCAAACAUCUGAUAAGCCACUUCCCCACAUGUUGCAUCACUGAUGAAGAAGGCCGUUCAGUUUCCUGGGUGCUGCUGUAUGAUUACUGUGCCAUGGGGAUGCUGUACACCCUGCCAGAGCACAGGGGGAAGGGCUAUGCCAAGAUCCUGGUGAGCACCAUGGCAGCAAGGCUCCAUGCCCACGGUUACCCUGUGUACUGCUACGUUUUGGAGGAGAACCAGGUUUCCUACAGGCUCUUUAAGAAACUGGGCUUUACUGAAUACCUCUCCUUCAGGGCCACCCGGUUUGAGUUCAACUACUAAACCAGUCUUACUUUUGAGGAAAAUUACAAGUGUGGUGACUUUUCUAAAAUACGUCUGUUAUGUUGGCUUUUGCAAUUGAGCACGGCCUGAGACUUAGUGUUUGACUCGCAAUUACUCAGGCUGUCCUUUUUGGAAAAAGGCGAUUUCAAAAUGUUGAAUUCUAAAUAAUUUCGGCAAUUUUCAACCAACAGGCACAAACAGGACACUUGAAAGAAGUGUACGAUGCUAUACACAAAGCUCAAUCAAAUAUUGAUUCCCAUAAAGAACCACGUUCUUGGUCAUGUUGUUAGCUGUAUUAAAAAGAGCAGUGAUGGCUGAUGACCUGUGGUCUGCUUCAAAGCUUUGCUCUGCACCGCACAUUAGACACACCUGGCCGAGGUUUUGGACCCUGAUGCUGGGUUCGAUUCCAAAUU